GGCAAAUUCAUUCGAAUCCACUUCGGAGCCACAGGCAAGCUAGCUUCUGCUGACAUUGAAACAUAUCUGCUGGAGAAGUCCAGAGUCACUUUCCAGCUCAAGGCAGAAAGAAGCUACCACAUAUUUUAUCAGAUCAUGUCCAACAAGAAGCCAGAGCUAAUUGACAUGCUCCUCAUUACCACCAACCCAUACGACUACCAAUUUGUGAGUCAAGGUGAGAUCACUGUUGCCAGCAUUAAUGACCAGGAAGAGCUGAUGGCUACAGAUAGUGCCAUUGACAUCCUGGGCUUCACUGCUGAUGAGAAAACAGCCAUUUACAAGCUGACAGGGGCUGUCAUGCACUAUGGGAACUUGAAGUUCAAGCAGAAGCAGCGUGAGGAGCAGGCAGAGCCAGAUGGCACAGAAGUUGCUGACAAGGCUGCCUACUUGAUGGGUCUGAACUCAGCAGACCUGCUCAAGGCCCUGUGCUACCCCCGAGUCAAGGUUGGGAAUGAAUAUGUGACCAAGGGUCAAACCGUGCAGCAGGUGAACAAUUCGGUGGGUGCUCUUGCAAAGGCUGUCUAUGAGAAGAUGUUCCUGUGGAUGGUUGUUCGUAUCAACCAACAACUGGAUACCAAGCAGCCCAGACAGUAUUUCAUUGGUGUCCUGGACAUUGCUGGCUUUGAGAUCUUUGAUUUCAACAGCCUGGAGCAGCUGUGCAUCAACUUCACCAAUGAGAAACUGCAACAGUUCUUCAACCACCACAUGUUUGUGCUGGAGCAGGAGGAAUACAAGAAGGAGGGAAUUGAAUGGACAUUCAUUGACUUUGGGAUGGACCUGGCUGCCUGCAUUGAGCUCAUUGAAAAACCCAUGGGCAUCUUCUCCAUCCUGGAAGAGGAGUGCAUGUUCCCCAAGGCAACUGACACAUCUUUUAAGAACAAGCUCUAUGACCAACAUCUGGGCAAGUCCAACAACUUCCAGAAGCCCAAGCCUGGCAAAGGCAAGGCUGAGGCCCACUUCUCCCUGGUGCACUACGCUGGCACCGUGGACUACAACAUCUCUGGCUGGCUUGAAAAGAACAAGGACCCCCUAAACGAAACAGUCAUUGGGCUGUAUCAGAAAUCAUCUGUGAAGACACUGGCGUUACUUUUUGCCUCUGCUGGUGGAGAGGCUAGUGGUGGUGGUGGUGGCAAGAAAGGUGGCAAGAAGAAGGGUUCUUCUUUCCAGACUGUCUCAGCUCUUUUCCGGGAGAACCUAAACAAGCUG